AAUGCAACAGCAGAUGUCAAGGAUGAUUUCCCAGGUCUCCCUGUUACAGAUGCUUUGCUGCCUAUUAUUAAUGCCAGGUUUGCUUGAUGCAACAUCCCUGGUGAAAGUAAAGAGCUUCGAAGAUGAUCCAGUCAGCAUUGGUUCUGCUCAGGCACAUGAUUUCUUGACUAAUUCCCGGCCUAAGAGGAAUAUUGACCCAAAAUGGUACAGGGGUAACCCUGAUUUUCAGUCCUACUACCGCUUCUACAACAGCAUUGGGCACAUUGAAGGAAUCUAUGAGAUCGACAGGCUUAGGAUGUUGUAUCAGCAGAUGCGCCACUUGGAGUUGACCUACGGCCCUGAUGCCUCCAGUUACCAAAAUGUCAUGGGUGUUCUGACUACCACUGCGGCACCCACUACAACAACCCAGCCACCUCCACCUCCCACCACUCUUGCUCCUACACCAGACCCUCUGGAGAAUGCUCAGAGGAUCUAUCUGUGCAACCCCAAAGAUCCGCUGUGCAAACCACAGAUUGUUUACCUGCCAACAGGAGCUGUGCCUGUAUUGUGUGACCCAAGACUCAACCCCAGUUGCAGGCCCCAAACGGAGGGGGAGAUAAAAGUGGCUGCCCCACCCCCACCCCCACCAGCUCCAGCCACUCCUGCUCCUGAAAAAUCUGACCCACCUGCCCCUCCUGCUGCCACAGCCAAAGGCAUGGAGUAUGACUGUGAUCCAUACUGGGAUCCCGACUGCCUCAUUGACCACCCUCCCCGCCCUGUCCAGGAAUCAUCGGCACCGGCAGAGCCUGCUGAAGAGAAGGUGGUGAAAGAAGAAGAGACAAAAGUGGAAGAAGAGACCAAAGCUCCAGCUUCAGCCACUCAGAAAACCCCCUAUGCUUAUUAUGACCCUUAUGACUUUAAACAUGAUCUGUAUGAUCCUUUUCGUUAUGUUGUACCAGAUCCAGAUCCAGAAUGAAAAACCAGUGCUCAAAAUGUGAUAGCCAUCUUUAGAUGGCAUAUUAAAUAACAAGACAAAACCUAAUCAAGACUGUGAGAAUAUAGUUAAAACUGAGCAAAUGAACAAAGUUUUACUGGGUGGGCACAUAAACAGCAACAGC